AUGGAAGGAACGCACCACAAUGUGAAGAAAUCCAGACUAGCCAUGUUUACGGAUGCCCGGCAGAUAUCGGAGGAGGAGGGGAAUUGCCUUCGGACUAACGAAUCGCCGUCCUCAGAAGUCACAACAGAUCCAUUCUCUGCUAAGGAUAAAUAUCCCUCUUUGACAACGCUGUGUAAUGAACUAGACUCUUGUGACUUGUCCGACCUUCAAUCUAAUGGGCACCAAGACUUAAUUAAUGUCAAUAAUUUACUUCAAAGAACUACCCAACAGGACAUCGUGUGUCACACGGAAGAAAUGUUUGAAACAGACGAUGACGGCGAUACGCCUUUGCAUCUUGCAAUUAUUUUGGACAAGCUGUGGUUGGUUAGUAUAAUUAUCAAAAUGGCCCCAGCGUUUAAGUAUCUGUCCAUACGAAACAAACUCUUUCAAACACCGCUUCAUUUGGCGGUCAUUAUGCGAAAGAUGGACAUCGUGCGGCAGCUGGUGUGCGCAGGCGCGGACAUCAUGGCAGUCGAUAGAAACGGAAAUACGCCGCUUCAUAUAGCUUGCCGUGAUGGGUUUUACGAAAUUGCUCGUUAUUUGUUAGAGCCAGUACGAUACAGCGAAAUCCAAUGCAAUCCGUACGAUAUUCCUUAUCAGAAAAUUCCUCAGGAUUUCGACAUUGCGAACUAUGACGGUUUGACCUGUCUUCAUCUGGCAGUCAUGAAUAAGCACAUAAACAUACUGCAACUCCUUAUCGAACGCGACGUAGACUUGAACAUGAUCGAACGGAAAGCAGGUAGAACUGUUCUCCACAUGGCGUGCAUUAGCGGUGACGUCAAACUGAUGCUUAUGUUCGUGCAUGUUAGGACAUGCAAUAUGGACGCACGAUCUUACAGCGGAUGCACGCCCCUAGACCUGGCCCGGGACUAUAAACAGGACGGGGUUUACACGAUCUUGGCGGCUGCAGGCGCAAAACAUAGCGCAGAAUCUGUGGACAAAAGUAAAUACGAAAAAGCUAAAAUAUACUGGAGACGUUCGACGAACAGCAACCUUCAAAAUUUGAACUGCAAUAUGGAAGGGACGCACCACACUAAGAAGAAAUUCAGAUUAGCCAUGCCAACGCAUGCCCGGCAGAUAUCGGAGGAGGAGGAGCAUUGCCUUCGGGCAGACGAAUCGCCUUCCUCAGAAGUCACAACAGAUCCAUUCACUGCAAAUGAUAAAUAUCCCUCAGUGACAACGAUGUGCGAUGAACAAGACUCAUCGCAUAAGUUUCUGUCCAUACGAAGCAAAGUCUUUCAAACGCCGCUCCAUUUGGCGGUCAUUAUGCGAAAGAUGGAUAUCGUGCGGCAGCUGGUGUGCGCAGGCGCAGACUUCACGGCAGUCGAUAGGAACGGCAUUACGCCGCUUCAUAUAGCUUGCCGUGAUGGACACGUGGACAUACUGCAACUCCUCAUCGAACGCGACGUACACUUGAACACGAUCGAGAGGAAAGCGGGUAGAACUAUUCUCCACAUGGCGAGAAUUAGCCUUGGCGUCAAGCUGGUGCAGACGUUAAUGAGUGUUAAAUCGUGCACUAUAGACGCACGGACGUACAGCGGGUACACGCCCCUUGACCUUGCGCGUGACUAUCACAAGGGCGGGGUAAACACGAUCCUUGCGGCUGCAGGCGCGAAACAUGGCACCGAAUCUGUGGACAGUGACUCAGAUUGA